CUCUUCCCUUCCCUUUAUAUAUUCCCCUCACUCUCCUUCAUCCUCCAAACUCUCUUCCUCUCCUUUCUCAACGAACUAAACAACAACGCCAACAGAUUUACACUCGAAGGUUUCUCUUCUUCCCAUAAAACGCCAAAUGAAGCAACUCAUUCGCCGUCUUUCCCGCGUCGCCGACGCUUCCUCCCAGUACAGCCUCCUCCGGUCCAACGCCUCGGCCCCCACCUCUACCACCACGCGCCACCGCACCGUCACGCGUCGAGCUGAAUCUUUCCGAGUCGCGGUAUCCUCGUUGAAGAAGUCGACGAGGCGGUCAGUUCCCGAAGGCCACGUGCCCGUUUACGUAGGGGAAGAGAUGGAGCGUUUCGUGGUGAACGCGGAGUUGCUGAACCAUCCGGUUUUCAUCGGGUUGCUUAAUAAGUCGGCUCAAGAGUACGGGUACGAACAGAAAGGGGUGCUUCAUAUUCCUUGUCACGUGCUGGUUUUCGAACGGGUUUUGGAAGCGUUGAGACUUGGGGUUGAGUCACGUGACCUCCAGGAUCUCCUUCGUUCUUUCUCCGACGACUGUUUUUUGGAGUACUAGGAGAAAGAGGAACAGCACGAGGUCGUUUUGCCUUUUUUUUUUUUCUGUGUAAAUAUAGAAGGUUAAAGGAAAAAGUGAAGAAAUUUAGCGGUUCUGUUUUUUGGGUAGUCCGUCAGUGUAAAGAGGACUGAACAGAAAUGGAGGAAAUGUUUUUCUUUUUGCCCUAUUUUUUGUGUUUAAUUUAUACUAUUUUUCUUGGUUCAGAUUUAAUCUUCUGUUUGGUACUUGAGAAAAUCAUAACGAGAAGGAAAGUUUAG